AGAUGUACAAUGUACUACUCCUUGCUUUCCGCUGAAAAGUCCCAUCUCUGUUGCGGUCCAUGACCUCGUUGAUUCCAUCCCACUUUAACUUUACUUUCCCAACAUUCUCCGCAACUUCUUCUACCAUCAUCACCAUCGAUCUCAGUGCACCUGAUAUAACAACACCCUUCCUCUCUAUCUUCCCCUAAAGAAGUUAUCACCAUCGUCUCAUUGCCUGCAUCAACCCCCGUUCACCACACUCGAGAUCUUCCCAUGGAGGAGCGGGUGCAACAAACCACCCAGACCUCGGGUGGCGGUGGCGGGGGCGGCGAAAUCUCCCUUCGCCCUCUGCAACUCUCCGACGUGGACGACUUCAUGGUGUGGGCCUCCGACCCGGAUGUCGCCCGCUUCUGCAGGUGGGAGCCCUACACUAGCCGCGACGACGCCCUGGCCUACAUCGCCGGCACCGUCCUCCCCCACCCUUACUAUCAGGCCAUCUGCCUUGACAGCAGGCCGAUCGGGGCCCUCUCGAUCACGCGGAACGAGGACAGGAUGGAGGCCUGCCGGGGGGAGCUGAGCUACGCGCUGGGCUCGGGCUACUGGGGGAGGGGGAUCGCGACGGAGGCGGUGAGGAUGGCGGUGGCGGAGGUGUUCAGGGAGAGGGCGGAGCUGGAGAGGGUGGAGGCGAUCGUGUACGCGGAGAACAAGGCGUCGCAGAGGGUGUUGGAGAAGGCCGGGUUCACGAGAGAGGGGGUGCUGAGGAAGUAUCUCUGGAUCAAAGGGAGGACCAGGGAUGCAGUGAUGUUCAGUCGUCUCUCUACUGAUGAAGAUUCUUGAUAUAUACAGCAUGAACGUCGCUCCCACUGUAAUGCACAAGUUGACUUCGCUAUGGUCAUGCAUUUGCUUCGAAAACUAGGUAAGUAACUUGAAAUGUAGUGUUGCGCUUUUGAGCUUGUAAUGAAUUGCUCGAUUGGAUUUGAAA